AUGGCGAUUAUGGUACGAAGUACCGAAAACUUGGCGGGUAUGACAGCGGAAGCUUCCGCCUGCUCUUGCGCAAUUUGCUUGCAAGAAAUGCCCAAUGGAAAUGAUUGCUGGGUUACUUGUUGCAAUCAUGUCUUUCACAAGCCGUGUAUCGAACGUUGGGUAACCGACUCACCUGACUGUCCUGUUUGCCGUAAACGCGUAAAUAAACGAGAUUUACAACCCAUCAACCCCGAGAGCCGACCUAAUGACAAUACGGCUAGUACUUCUGCUACUGGUAGAAGGGACGCUCGCAAUUCUGUGCGACAACAACGGUAUAAUACGCGAAGUUCGCGUAGAUUGUAUGAGGAAGUACACCAAACAGAUAUUCCUGAGCGGCUUGGAGAAAAUGUCACGAACGCCCAUUUGGGAAACCCCGGAACUGCACCCAUGAAUCUGCUGGAGUUGAGCUCUCUACAGGAAAAUACAACACAUACUGCGAGAAGUACCGGAACCCGUCCCCGUAAUAACAAACGCAACCAGCAAGGCGUUAAUUAUGAUCGCAUUGGCGACAUGAUCAACGAAUCGGGCUACUGCGAUGAUCAAUAG